AGUGAACGUAAAUAGUAACAUUUGGGAAGUAAGCAGAAAGUUUCGGGCAGAGAGGCGGCGAUAACAGCACAGAAAGGGGGAAGUAUGAAGUACUACAUGAGAGUCUCGUGCCGAUCUAAUAAGAUGUGCAUUAACUGAAGGAAAGAAUCGGAGUCACUUCUUUCAGAGAUGUGUUAUAACGUAAUGAAAUGAUUUUAAGCUUAGUUGCCGGGCACUGGACUUGUAUUUAGAGGCUGGAAAUUCUUUAGUAAAGAAAGCUGACAGCAAUUCUCAUCACCAAUACUGAAACUUCUCCGGCUGGCACUAUGUAUUAUAAUAGUAUUUUCAUUGUGCAUGGAAUUCGUGUUUUGAUCUAAGUUCUGUGUUGGGAGGAGAGGAGCGCAUAGUCUCGUAGCUCUGGGUUCGUCCGCGUCUUCAGACGGCGCCAGCAUGAGGGAGGAGGAGGUGGAGGUUGCCAUCAAAGUGGUGGUGGUCGGGAAUGGCGCCGUGGGAAAGUCCAGCAUGAUCCAGCGUUAUUGCAAAGGGAUAUUCACUCGAGACUACAAGAAGACCAUAGGAGUGGACUUCUUGGAACGGCAGAUUGAAGUGGACGGAGAGGAUGUGCGACUGAUGCUCUGGGACACGGCCGGCCAGGAGGAGUUUGAUGCAAUAACCAAAGCCUAUUACAGAGGUGCUCAGGCUUGUGUGCUAGCCUUCUCCACUGUGGACCGGGAGUCGUUCGAAGCCAUAGAACUGUGGAAGAGGAAAGUGGAGGAUGAGGUUGGGGAUAUUGCGAUGGUCCUUGUCCAGAAUAAGAUAGAUCUUAUUGACGAUGCUGUUGUCCACACGCGAGAGACUGAAGAACUUGCCAAAAAAUUGCGACUGCGAUUCUAUCCUACGUCGGUAAAGGAAAAUCUGAAUGUGGAAGAGGUUUUCAGGUAUCUUGCGGAAAAAUAUAUUGAUCAACUGAAUUCUGUGGUGGAAGAAAAAGUCAGCCCUCAAAAAAUAGGACAAGACCUCAUGCACAAUGACGUGAAGAACCACAAUUCGGAUCCCCACGGGAGACAAGUCAUCAGUCUGCAGCCCAGCAAGAGACGAGCCAACAAAAAGAAACCAUUCACCACCAGUGUAUACUGUAUGUUAUGCAAUCCUCUUGUCAAAGUUGGACCUGUGCUUUCAUUUCUUUGUGGGACUUUGAGAAGUCAGUAAACUGUUUCUUGUCAUGGCCGUGUUUUGUGCUUUCAUUUCUUUGUGGGACUGCUGAAAGGAUUUGAGAAGUCAGUAAACUGUUUCUUGUCAUG